AUGACCAUUCAUUCCCAAGCGGACAUGGACAAAAUAACAGCCACAUUCACAGCUUUGGGGAUUCGGAGAACGGGAACAAAAGAGAUUGGAACGGAAACUACGACUGUACCUACCACUAGAUCGUGA